AUGUCGGGCGAGAUCGAGAACCUCGCGCCCAGCUUCGCGCCCUUCUUCGGCAUGAGCGGCAUCUUCUUCGCUAUGACCUUUGGAUGCAUGGGAGCCGCCUAUGGCACCGCCAAAGCGGGCGUCGGCAUUGCCGGCAUUGGCACCUACAGGCCCGACCUGAUCAUGAAGUCGCUCAUCCCCAUUGUCAUGUCCGGCAUCCUGGCCGUCUACGCCCUCGUCAUCUCUGUGCUCAUCGCCAGCGACAUCAAGCCCCCGCCCGAGAAGGCGUACUCGCUCUUUGCCGGCUUCAUGCACAUGGGCGCCGGUCUGUCCGUGGGCCUCUCGGGUCUGGCCGCGGGCUAUGCCAUUGGCAUCGUUGGAGACGCCGGCGUGCGCUCCUUCAUGCGCCAGUCGCGCAUCUUCGUCGGCAUGGUGCUCAUUCUCAUCUUCGCCGAAGUCCUCGGUCUCUACGGACUCAUUGUUGCGCUGAUCAUGAACACGCGUGCCGCUGGCUGA